CGCUCAUGAUUGCGUCUUAAUUUACAAAUCAGAGACAGAGGGAGAUGAAAACCACACUCCAGACAGUAACUUAAUCGGUCUCACCACCAAGAUGUUAAAAGUGAAGAGGCUGGAAGAAAUCAACACAUGUUAUAACAGUAACAAACUGGAGAAAAUGGCCUUUUUCCACUGCAUGGAAAAGGUUGAGAAAGUGAAAUGUUUUCUGGAAGAAAGUUCUAGUGAACAGGAUUCAAGAUCUGGAAAGAAUGAGAUAUCGCAGGACCCUGCAAGAACCUUCUGCAAUUCGGCAACGCCUACUCCUCAGAACAGAGCAUGUAAUAAGCAUGUGCUUGGAAACGUGCUUAUGCUAGAUCAGGGGAGGGAAGGAACAUAUAAGCCAAGUGACUUCUAUAGCUGCUCCCAGAGAAUGGACUUAGCACUUAGAAGAAAAGACAUCUGGAUUGUAGGUAGUGUGUGCCUUAUUUCAUCUUCCCUACUCUGGCGUGUGUUCCGGUCCAUGAUGACACGGGGAGGUCACAGACAGUCUCCUGCUCUUGAGGACUCACAGGGUAAGGAGAAGGCACAGUCACACCCUGGGCUGAAGGAAACGGCAUCUGUCAAAGGCAAAAGGACAUUGGCCCUCACAGAUGAUGUCCCAGCUCCUCCUGCCCCCUUUAAUCACCGUAUUGUGACAGCCAAGCAAGCAGCAGUCAACAGUUUUUACACUGUGAGCAGAACUGAAAUUUUAGGAGGGGGGCGCUUUGGCCAGGUACACAAGUGUGAAGAGAAAGCAACAGGUCUGAAGCUGGCAGCUAAGAUCAUCAAGACCAGAGGCACAAAGGAUAAGGAUGAAGUAAAGAACGAGAUCAACAUCAUGAACCAGCUGGAUCAUGUGAACCUCAUUCAGCUCUAUGACGCCUUUGAGUCUAAGAAUGACAUUGUGCUGGUCAUGGAGUACGUGGAUGGAGGGGAGCUGUUUGAUCGCAUCAUCGAUGACAACUACAAUCUGACAGAGUUUGACACCAUCCUGUUCAUCAAGCAAAUAUGUGAGGGCAUAAGACACAUGCAUCAGAUGUACAUUCUCCAUUUGGAUCUGAAGCCUGAGAAUAUCCUGUGUGUGAAUCGGGAUGCUAAACAAAUAAAAAUUAUUGAUUUUGGAUUGGCCAGAAGAUACAAACCCAGAGAGAAGCUGAAGGUGAAUUUUGGAACCCCAGAAUUUCUUGCUCCUGAAGUUGUGAACUAUGAUUUUGUUUCCUUUCCCACUGACAUGUGGAGUGUGGGCGUCAUUGCCUAUAUGCUACUGAGUGGAUUGUCCCCCUUCCUGGGUGACAAUGAUGCUGAGACCCUGAACAACAUCCUGGCCUGCAGGUGGGACUUACAGGAUGAAGAAUUUCAGGACAUCUCAGAGGAAGCCAGAGAGUUUAUCUCCAAGCUUCUGAUUAAGGAGAAGAGUUGGAGAAUAAGUGCAAGUGAGGCUCUCAAGCACCCCUGGCUGUCAGACCACAAGCUCCACUCCAGACUCAUUUCACAGGUAACCAAGGUUUGUUGCUUUUCCUCUCAUUUUCUAACUGACCUCAAUCUUUGGAUAAUCAGAGGCUAGAAGCAUCCCAGCCUUAUAUGGGUUUCUGUCUCAUUCCAUUUCUCACAGCCUUCAAAUCUUGGGCUAGUGUUGAAUUGCUUAAAAUGCUUUUAUUAAGCAGUUUGUGUUUUGUCAAAUAUGAUGUUUAGGAGAGUAUUACUUUCAGCAUAACUAAUGUGUUUAUUAUUCAAUCAUU